AUGAGACUGACAAAGACUGCUUUUCUUAUUUUAACAACAAUUUUCUUGGUGAAUGCUGUACAAUUCCAUGAAGAAGAUGAAUACGCUACAGUAGAAGAUGAUGAGGAUAGUCAUAUUGAUUACAGGGACAAAAAAAUAUUCUGGCCAUAUGCAUUAAAUAAAGAUUCUAAGGUUGUCAAAGAAUCUGGCAAUGCAACAUACUCGUAUGAACACCUUAAAGAAAAGGAUAAUGUAAGAGAGAAACGCUAUCUAGGCUACUAUCGUCAAAAUCCUAUAGUUGACAUGAUGAUGCAAAGCAUUCCUUCACAAUAUAGGCCAAACAAUCCAAGUGACCCUUUCGACAUUUUGCGAGAUUCAUAUCCACUGCCUAAAGGCUAUUCUCAGCCGCUUGAUGAAUACGACUACGUGAUUGUGGGUGGCGGUACUGCUGGAUCUGUAUUAGCUGCUCGUUUGACCGAAGAUAAGCCCAGAGCUAUGGUUCUUGUCAUUGAAGCAGGCAAACCAGAGAGCCUCUUAAACGACGUUCCUGCUUUGGUUUCAUAUAUGCAACUCACUGAUUAUGUUUGGCCAUACACAAUGGAAAAACAGGAUGGAGUAUGUCAAGGUAGCGAAGGUGAGCGCUGCUUUUGGCCUCGAGGUAAGGCCCUCGGUGGUUCCAGCGUCAUCAACUAUAUGCUUUACACCAGAGGUAGACCACAGGACUGGGACAGGAUUGCAGCAGACGGAAAUUACGGAUGGAGCUAUGAUGAAGUUUUGACCUAUUAUAUGAAAUCUGAAAAAUCAGAAGUAAAGAAUUACAGAAAUGCUACAUAUCGUGGUCGCGAUGGUGAAUUAACUAUUUCGAAUGUUCCAUUCAAGACUGGUCUUGUGGAAGCGUUCCUGAAAGCUGAAAGAGAUAUUGGCAACCCCACAGUCGACUAUAAUUCUCCAUAUGAACUUGGAUUCGGGUACACACAGGCUAUGUUGAGUAAAGGACAUAGAGUGAGCGCCGCGAAAGCGUUCCUGCAUAAUCAUAAACGACGACGUAAUCUGCAUAUUCUGACUGACACGAGAGCAACUAAAGUGGUUAUAGAUCCUCAAUCCAAAAGAGCUUAUGCAGUCAACUACGUAAGGAAUGGCGUAGAGCGCACAGUGCGCUGUCGUAGAGAAAUAAUUUUAUCAGCGGGACCGAUAGCUUCCCCUCAACUACUCAUGCUAUCGGGAAUAGGUCCUGAAGACCAUUUGAGGUCAUUAGGCAUCCCAGUAAUUGUAAAUUUGCAAGUUGGAAGAGUUCUUUAUGAUCAUAUAGCAUUUCCUGGAGUUAUUUUCAAAUUGAAUACAACCAACGCGAGCUUGUUAGAACCGAAAGUUGCUACUUUGCCAAAUGUUUUACAAUGGCUGCACUAUGGCGACGGAUUAUUAACUACAACAGGUGCGGUGGAAGCGAUAGGGUAUAUAAAAACUUCAGCAUCUCAGGAUCCAGAAAAUGUUCCCGAUGUUGAACUGUUAAGUAUGGGUGGAUCACUAAGUUUGGACUCCGGUGGCGCACUUAGACAAAGUUGGAGAUUGUCUGAAAAUAUGUUUCAUCAAGCUUAUAGACCCCUGUAUGGGUUAGAUACAUGGUCAGCAGUAAUUAUGUUAACACAACCAAAGUCUAGAGGAUACCUAGAAUUAAAGGACACUAAUCCAUUCUCGCAUCCAAAAAUGUAUGGAAACUAUUUUACACAUCCCCAAGAUAUGGCCGCAGUCUUAGAUGCAGUUAAACAUGUUAUUCAAAUAGGAAACUCAGAGGCAUUUAGAAAAUAUGAUCCUCAAUUACAUUUUGCUGAUUUUACCAGAUGCAGGGAUUACUAUCCUGGAUCCGAUCAGUACUGGGAAUGUGUUAUAAGAAUUGAAACAAUAACAUUGCAUCAUCAAAUUGCAACAUGCAAAAUGGGUCCAUCAUCAGACCCUUAUGCCGUAGUAGAUCCAGAAUUAAGAGUUUAUGGCGUAGAUGGAUUAAGAGUUGUAGACAGCAGUAUUAUUCCUCGGCCAACAAAUGCACACACCGCAGCACCCGCCAUCAUGAUUGGCGAGAAAGCAGCCGAUAUGAUAAGGAGAACCUGGUCAAAUGUGGUGUCGUAA